AUGGUGUCUCUAUUAGCUGUACUCCUUUUGCUGCCUCUCAUGGUAUGCCAGUUUGGCGAUUACGGCGGGAACUUUCAGCAGCGAAGUAGAAAUGGAAUCUCCAAUAUGAACAUCAUGGACUUUCUAGAUAAUUUAGAUAUGGAUCUAAACUUUAAGAUUUCAGACCUUAGGAAGGUUAACAAUAAGGUUAGAUUAACCAUCGAUAUGGGCAUGGAAGAUAGAAAUGACGUAGAAUAUGAUGACGAUUCUGUAGGUGAAAGAAUGGGCGUGAAUGAUUAUGAUGGAGGUUACCAGGAAAGGAAUGAUGAGAAAUGGGAAGGAAACGUUGAAAGUGGCGAGGAGGGAGAAAGGGAAGAUGAUGAAAGUCGCGAAGAUGAAAUAUCCACAGAGAGUAACGAGAUGGUCAUAGCUAACAAUCAGGAUAGUUGUAUUGGGACAUUUAAUGAUAGAAACCCAAGUAUUGGUUGUAUCAGAGAUGGAUGUUGUAAGGAUACCUAUCAACUAAGCAAUUUAUGUGCUGGGAACUCUGUGUGUUGUUAUUCGUUAAAUAUUUGUAAUUUUUGUUUCAAAACAUAUGGCACGUGGAUAAGUCGUUACCAACACCACCAAACUGAGCAAAUAGUUAAAUCAGCAUUUAAAGAUCUGAAAGCCGUUGGCAUUACAAGGGUAUAUAUCAAUAUAUGGGCUAAUGGUAACAUAUAUGCAAAAAGUUCUACAGCGAAAAGCAAUGGCGUCAAUAUGCCACGAGAUGCGUUAGAGUGGGCAGUGAACGCGGGGAAAACGUACGGCCUUGAAGUUUUUGCGUGGUUUGAAUAUGGAACUCAAGCUGAGAGUGGUUUAAUUCCGUCGAGUAAAUUCGCAACAGAAAGUGAUAAAAAAGGAUGGCUUCUCAAAACCAGCAAUGGUGGAUAUACAACGACAGCGGGUGGAAAGUACGUUUAUCUUAACGCCUUCAAUCCAGCAGUUCGAGAAUUUAUCGAAAAUAUGACAGCCGAUAUAGUGAAAAAUUAUCGAAUCGAUGGUAUUCAGUAUGAUGAUCAUAUGAGUUUUCCCACUGGAUUUAAACAGGUUGACGAUCUCAAUAGCUCUACACGUCAAAGAAUUAUGAAAGACUUUAUGGAUCAAAUUAAAAUGAGAGUUGAACGAGAAAAUGUCAAUACCAUCGUAUCAUACUCACCGGCACCUCUUGACACUGCCAUAUCCAAACACAACGUAGACUGGACAAAUUAUAUAAAAGAUGGUAUUGUGGAUGAGAUAGUGCCACAGUAUUAUCGUGUAUCCAUAAACGCUUAUAGGAAAGUGUUAGAUGUUGAUAUUCCAAAACUUGGUGGUCAGCAGACUUCAAUGAUUGCAGGAAUUCGGCUCUCGGGAUCCAGCAAGCCUUAUAAUACGCCAUCUGACGACGUUAAUGAGAUGAUAAAGCUUUCUUAUGAUGUGGGAUUCAAAGGGAUUUCUUUCUGGUUGGCGGAUACUAUCCUUGUUGGAAAUUACACACCGCCUCCACUUAAUAUAUGCCAACAAUCACAAUUAACUUACCCCUACUCUGCUUAG